AUGAGCAAUCUCGACAAGAGUUUAUUUCAACUUAAAUUCACGGCAAAGCAAUUAUCUCGACAAGCGAAAAAAGCGAGCAAAGACGAAGAAGCCGAAAAAUCAAAACUGAAAAAAGCCAUUCAACAAGGAAACCUUGAAGGAGCACGUAUAUACGCAUCAAACGCCAUUCGUAAAAAGAAUGAAUCGCUAAAUCUUUUGAGAUUAUCGUCAAGAAUUGAUGCAGUUUCUAGCCGCGUUCAAACUGCAGUAACAAUGCAAAAGGUAACAGGAUCGAUGGCGAGUGUAGUAAAAGGCAUGGAUAAAGCAAUGGAAUCAAUGAACCUUGAAAAGAUUUCUAUGGUAAUGGAUAAAUUCGAAUCUCAAUUUGAAGAUAUCGAUGUUCAAACACAAUAUAUGGAAGGCGCCAUGGGAAACACAACAGCAAUGAGCACCCCGCAAGAAGAAGUAGAUUUAUUAAUGCAGCAGGUUGCUGACGAACACGGAUUAGAGCUCAAUCAUGAGCUUGGCGAAGCAGCACCGAGUACUAUUCUCGGCUCUGCGGAAAAAGGAAAUAAAGAGGAUGAAGAAUUGACGGAAAG